CUUCCUGGCCACCGACAUAUGAAGAAUCGACUCCAUGAAUGACUCGGUCAGUCACUGUGACAUGCUGUUCGUGGCAGCACGCGUGCAGCGUGGCUUCGGGAAGAAGAAGAAGGAACACAUGAAAAGGAAGAAAAAGGAGCAGUAAGAAUGGCAGCAGAGCAGGGUCAUGUUCGUGGACAGUGAUGCGUGCCGACGACCCAUCCCCAAGAUCUCCUCAAAUCACAAUAAAUUUGUCGGGAGGAAUCUCUAUGCUUGUUCAAGGAACCGCUUCUCUCUCUCUCCGAGUCGCAAUCAGACUCGGUCUGCACUUAGUAUAAGUAAGUUCUAGGGAAGAUCCAUCAGUGAGGAAACCAGGGAGAUAGGGAUUGAUCGAGAAGGACUCGGUUUUUUUAUUCAUCCUUCACUUUAAACUCUGAAUCGGGAUGUGACACUGGUACUCUCAUUAAGCGCCAUUAUUUCAAGUACCCCCACACUCUCACCACACCACUGCUCAGCGCACUGCUGCAAAAGUGUAGUCACCAAGCUACCUCAGGGAGAGAGAAGAGAGAGAGGAAAGGGGUAGUGAGCAGGUCGUUUCAAUCUGAUCAGAAAGACAGAGACAAAGACAGGAGGAUGGAAGAGAGAGGAGGAGGUGGUGGUGCCGCUGCUGGGGGAGAGUCUGAGUUGGUGUCGAUUCCGGCGACCCCACGGGUGGCGACGCCGCCAUUCACGCCGGACAUCCUGUCGACGUCCCACUCGAGGGCGCUGACGCCGUCGGGGCAGCGUUCCCCUCGUCAGAUGUCCUCCUCCCUGGUGUCGCCGGCGGGGGGUGUGAAGACGCCCAGGACGCCGUGGACGCCGUCCUCCCUCAUCUCCCCACGCUUCCUCAGCCCGAUUGGCACCCCCAUGAAGCGCGUUCUCAUCAACAUGAAGGGCUACCUGGAGGAGGUUGGACACCUCACUAAGCUCAACCCGCAGGAUGCCUGGCUUCCCAUCACCGAGUCCAGGAAUGGCAACGCCCAUUACUCUGCCUUCCACAACCUCAAUGCCGGCAUUGGCUUCCAGGCCCUUCUCCUACCCGUCGCCUUCGCCUUCCUUGGUUGGACAUGGGGAAUUUUAUCUUUAACCAUUGCGUAUUUUUGGCAACUUUACACGUUAUGGUUGCUAGUGAGAUUGCAUGAAGCUGUUCCUGGAAGGAGGUAUAACAGAUAUGUCGAGCUAGCACAGGCAGCUUUCGGGGAAAGACUUGGUGUCUGGCUUGCACUCUUCCCAACAGUCUAUUUAUCUGCGGGGACAGCAACAGCCAUAAUCUUGAUUGGUGGGGAGACCAUGAAACUCUUCUUUCAGAUUGUCUGUGGUCCUGUUUGCCAAACCAACCCUUUAUCUACAAUUGAAUGGUAUUUGGUUUUCACGUCACUCUGCAUUGUUCUUUCCCAGCUACCAAAUCUAAACUCCAUUGCUGGCCUGUCACUCAUUGGAGCAGUGACUGCCAUUACUUAUACUACCAUGGCUUGGGUUCUGUCUGUUAGUCAACCGAGAUCCCCUACGAUCUCCUACCAGCCCCUUAGCCUUCCUUCUUUCUCUGCCUCGUCAUUCACAGUAUUGAAUGCACUUGGCAUUGUCGCCUUCGCAUUUAGAGGUCACAACCUAGCGUUAGAGAUCCAAGCAACAAUGCCAUCAACAUUCAAACAUCCAGCGUAUGUACCAAUGUGGAGAGGAGCCAAGGUAGCAUAUGCUUUCAUUGGCAUGUGCCUCUUUCCUAUAGCAAUUGGUGGAUUCUGGGCCUACGGUAAUCAGAUGCCUCAGGGGGGCAUAUUGAGUGCACUUUAUGCUUUCCACAUCCAGGACAUUCCUCGUGGGCUCCUUGCCACCACCUUCUUGCUAGUGGUAUUCAAUUGCUUGAGCAGUUUCCAGAUCUACUCAAUGCCGGUUUUCGACAGCUUUGAAGCGGGCUACACCGGCCGAACCAACCGUCCAUGCUCACUCUGGGUCCGGUGCGGCUUCCGAGUCUUUUAUGGCUUCAUUUCCUUCUUCAUCGGUAUAGCUCUUCCCUUCCUUUCUAGUAUUGCAGGCCUGCUUGGAGGCCUGACCCUGCCGGUCACAUUUGCAUACCCUUGCUUCAUGUGGGUUCUCAUCAAGAAGCCCCGCAGAUACACCUUCAAUUGGUAUCUUAACUGGACCCUUGGCAUACUUGGUACUGGAUUUAGCUUGGCCUUCUCCGCUGGUGGUGUGUGGAGUAUGGUGAACAGUGGGCUCAAGCUUAAAUUCUUCAAGCCAAACUAAGAUUGUGUUUAUCACCAUAUUGAGCUUGUAUGCACCACUUUGCCGGGUGUUUAAUCUACAUUCAAGAUGCUUGUAGUACCAUCGUAUAAAUAAAUAUCCACAAAGAAGUUGCUGUGUUUGCA